UUGUAAACUACUUAACGUUAGACUGGGACAAUUCUCAUGAUACUGACGAUUAUAUCUGAGUGAACAAUUUUUCUUUACUGCCACUUCCGGAGUUUUAGAAGUACGAUCCACACAUCCAGUUUUAAGUUGAUAUUCAGAAAUGGCUAUUCCCCCAGCCAGGCCUUCACAAGGUGAUGCAGAUCUACUUAAGUCUUGAAGGAAGUCACAUUUUCAAAAACCCUGUUCUCUUGGCUUAGUGAUUAAUAAAGCUAUGGAACAGAGGGAGGUAAAACCGAAUGAAGAUGAGAAUUCAGUGUCUGCUUCAGGGAAGGACAAGAGUACAUUUCAACCAGAUCUUUCUGAUAUCAAUCAGAACUACGUAUCAAAUACUUGCAAGAGUAUUGUAAACUUCCAAAGAUCUCAAAAUGAGGUCAUUAGUCAGAUGUCCCAAUUACCAGAACAUAAUGAUGAACCAAUCUUAUCUGGUGGAGGUGAUCCCAUCACAUCAAAUCAGCAAGGUGAUUCUGUGAUAGAAAGCUCAAGUUGUACCGACACUUCUGAGUCAAAUCAAAGAUCUCAAUUUUUAAGAGUUGAACAGGAAAGAAUGACUGCUGUAUCAGGAACUCCCACAAAUACUUGUCCUCCGUGUAGUGGAAUGAUGCAGAGUUCAUCAGAUGUGAUGUCCGAUGGUGUUUUGAAUGUUCCUAAUUUAUCCCUUUUGGAGGAUUCCGACGACGAGGAAGAAUGGGAAAGUUCUGAUAUUGAACUUGUAGAGGGCAAUGAAGACACCUUUGUGAAAGGUGACUAUGGCAGUGAUGAUGGCGAACUGAUAGCACGUGGUGCUAGUAGAGACACCAGACCUGCGUUCUCUGUCCCAAGUGUUGUCAACAGUGGCUCGGCAUUGCGCUUGAAUCGAGAGUUGUCACGGAUUACACAACCUGGAGAUGACUUAACCAUAGGUUCUACUGCCCCAACGGAGUGUUUUACCACAGACUUACAGGAGGAUGGUGCCCCCCUAGCUCGGCCUCCUCUGAAAUGUCAUCAUGACGUCAGACAGGGAAGUAGGAAAGAAUUAGAAGAGUUUGUGAGGAAACACAUGUACAAAGCUCCCCCAAACAAAGGGCUGCUAGUUAAUGAAGAACUCAAUCCAGUAAAUAUUGGUAGUGAAUGGUUUUACCGAGAGAAAGAAGAAUACAGGAUACUUGAUGGAAUACAACAUAAUAGUGUUUGUUUAUGUGAAGACCACAAGUCUCACCACAAGUUUGUACGGAAACGGCGGAAACGUGUCAAGUUUGAAGGCCAGAAGAAGUCUGUAUUGGUUCCUUUAUUGCACCAUGACAGUCCGUAUAUAAUGGAUAUAUUUGGACUUAUUGUCUUUACCGAGGAAGUCCAUGUAUUCAUGGAAUAUUGUGAAGGUGGGCAUUUGGAACACCACACACCUUAUUCUGUCAGUGAAACCGUACCCGUUCUUCAACAGCUUCUACAAAGUCUGUCUUACAUUCAUUCCAGGGGAAUAGUUCAUGGAGAUAUUAAGCCUGAAAAUAUCUGCUUCCGAAUACCAUCGGAUUUGACAUCACUGUGCCUGAUUGACUUUGAGUUUGUCAGAACUCAAGAAUCUCCACCCCAGUUUAAAGGUUACACAACUCAGUUUCUACCUCCUUGGUGGGAAACAAUAAAAAAGGAAGAGCUUUUCUCUCCCUUGUUGGUAACUAUGGACCUAUGGGCAGUGGCAUGUGUGGCUAUUUGCCUGCUGACCAGCAAGAGGCCCUGGUCAAAACAAGUGAAAGACUUUAAGAAACAGUGUCCAGAAUGUCCAGCCAAGAGUUGUAAUUGCAACCGUGUCUUGAGGCAAGUUAUGAAUCAUAUAAGUACUGAUGGCCACAACAUUCUUAAGAUUCUCGACAAAAAUGUACUUGUCAAAACUAAAGAAGGGCAAUUACUCAAGACUUUAGAAUUCCUGACCCAGCGAGAUCAAGGUGACAAGGAUUGCUCCAGAGCAGAGCAGGCCCAGAAGAUACUCAGUGGGGAGGAUGCAGAGGUGGAGACAGUGGAGAUUGAGAUUCAGUAUAAAGGCAGGCUGCUCUACAAAACAGUUGUUGAUAAAGGUACAUCUGUUGGACAGGUGCUUCAGAAACAGGAAGUACAACGAAAGUUGAAUGAUAAACUGACCCUGGCUCAGCCUCCAAGUGACCACGCAAUCAACAGUAGAUGCAUCAUCACAGUACAAAAGGGGGAUUCACGUGUCAAGAAGUGGAUGGAGAAACUGCACUUACUGUGACACUGAUCAGCAUCCCUUCCUGUAGUCACUGUUCUGUUUGUUAUGGAACGCCACACCCAGCAAUAGUCAAGCAAUAUGAGUCGGAUCGGUGAAUAAUCAAGUCAGGACUAGAAAAUCCAGUGACUGAUUUCAUCAAGUAAUGUAAUGUGCAAUCAUGUAAAUGAGUGAGUAUGGGUUUACGCCACUUUCAGCAAUAUUCCAGAAAUAACACGGCGGGGACACCAGAAAUGGGCUUCACACAUUGUACUCAUGUGGGGAAUCGAACAGGGCCUUCUCGGCGUGACAAGCAAACACUUUAAUCACAAGGCUACCCCACUGCCCUCGCAGAAAAUAAAGUCCGAGAGCCUGAUCAGCUGGCGGUCAGUCUGUUAGGACAAGCAUAAUGGUGACCUUCUGUGAGCAGUGUGACAUUAUACGUUGUUCACUGGUCACGAGGGGGGCAUAAACAUAAACAAACAUCGAGGGUACAUCAACCCAUGGGCCCCGAGGGACCAGUGAACAACGUAUUUAUCUUACCGAACACCUUAAUGUUAAUAUUGAAUUGUUGGAAGCACGAGUACAAAUGUUUUUGUAGCCAUCUCUAGAUUUUGCAGACAAGAAAAACAGAUUUAGAGUUAUCUCCCUUCCCUCGAUUUGCAUUCCCAAAACAUCUCUAAUUUCCGUACAUCAUACGUGAUUCAAUGUAAUUUCGAGAUAAAGAAUUACUACCUCGAAGUACCAAAUGAGUUGCCAUUGACAGCGGGGUACAUUGAAAUGUUACUCGCUUGUAAGCGGGGUACAUUGAAAAUAAUAGAAGAGCGCUCAGCCAAUCAGAAAGCGACAUUUAUGAGCGAGGUAUGAUAAUGAUGAAUGUUCUUCAUACAAAACAGUUGACAAUAUUUAGCAAGUAAAUACAGGUAAAACAAGCAAAUUUCACUAGAUGUUUUAGUAAAUUUUAAAUUAAUAAAUAUGGUGAAUUGUAAAGAUUAUGCAGUACUUAAACCUAAUCAUAUGAAGUCAUUCCUUGCUUUUAUCACACGUAAUACAUUUUAAGCGGCCUUCACAUGUCAAACUAAAGUUUGACAACACAUGUUCUUUACAUUUUAAAAGUUGUCAAAUUCACGUUUUCUCACGUCAAACACAUGUUGUCAAACUUUCGUGUCAUUUUGAGCGCAAUGGCUUUAUCGGUGUGGUGAUGUGACAAUUUUGUUGACUGCGAUUGGUUGUUUCUGAACAACACGAGUUUGACAACUUUUCAAACGUCAAACAAAAGUUUGAUAACACCAAAGGUUUGAUGGAAAAGUUGGCGAGAAUAGAGACAACUCUGAAAUUGCUGUUGGUGGCGUUGGUGGCGAGUUGUUGGAAUGUUCACACUCUCAAAACUUUAUUUUGUCGUGUGAAGGCCGCUUUACUGGUCGAACUUUUGAGAUGGAUGCGUGUGAAGAGAUUGUGUGAUUCAUCAUUAUAAGGAAAUAGAGGGGUGUGGCAAGGUGCUGUGUUAGCAUGAGCACAGUGUAGCCAAAAAUACACCAAACGGAAGUGGAAAAGUCUAGAUGUUGAUUGUCUGUCGCCCAGACCAAAGAGAAUAAAUUAGAAUGGAGUCCCAACUAAAAUCUAAUUUGAUUGGGCAAAUUUACAUUUACUCAACUCUAGUCAAGUUUGGGCUCCUUUUGCAUUUUAUUUAUUUAUAUAUAUUUUAGGAUGCUGUGUUGUUAAUGCCUGAAGUACCAUGCAGAAAACGUUUCACAGAAAUACUGACAUCUGUCCUACAGAUUCUAUGCAUUGAUACUGAAAUCAGUCAUUGUACUCCACUGUCUUUCAACCUAGUGAUACAUUGGUGUUUUCGGAGUGUUUUGAAAUUUUUCAUAUAGUCAUGUUUUGUUGAGCUAGUGCGAUCUGGUAAUGCGCCACAAUAUGAUCUUAGCACUAGUGGUGUUCCGAUUAAUUAAAAUCAUCGAAGAUUGGUCGCAAUGAUCAAAUGACCAAGCAAUUGAUCACGUUUUCUCAUAAUCGAAUACAAACGAUU